AUGAAGGUCCUGGAAGGUGACAAUUUUAGGGAAACAGAGGUGCAGUUGUGGAUGAAGCAAGUAGUUACAUCCACUAUUCGGACGUUCUGCAUGCCAUGUUCCGAGUAUCAUUCCCGAAGAGUGAAUUGGUACAUGGUAGGAGAGGAGGGUAAAGACCAGUCCCGACAGAGCACAGAAAACAAGCAGAGCACAAAAAGCAAGCGGAGAGAGAGGACUAGGGUGUCGGGAAAGCUCAUUGUGCCUUCUUUAAGAGGAAUUGGGCUGCGGGGAACACCGUGUGAGCCGCAACUUAAAGGGGGGGUCAUAAUUGGAAGUGGUAGCAGCCAUCCGUGCCGCCUGGUCAGCUUUGGUGUUGCCCUCAGUGAUAAGAGAGCCGUCCUUCUGAUGGGACCUACAGUGGACAACUCCCAACUGGAUGGAUUAGCGGCCUGUUCUAAAGUAGUGCAACCCACCAGACCUCAGCACCAUGGUUACCUUGAAACCGAUUAUGCAGCAUGCCCACAAGGAUCCAAGCUACUGGCUGCAUCGAGAGGGCACUACCUGGUUGUCACCAGUGAAAUGCAAUCUGUGAUACCCAAAUUGGGCCGGAGCCACGGGCAACCUGACGUCAGGAAAGUUUUUGACUGGAGCGAAAGGGUCAGGAAUGAGAGGAAAGGAGCUAUGGCGGAAUGCAGUGCCGGUGGAACUCAGCUGCAGUGGGACGUUCCUAAUAGUAAGACAAAAGAGGCCACCAAAAUAGCUAUAGAAGCUGGUUUCCGCCAUAUUGAUUGUGCUUAUGCAUACGAAGUAGAAGAGGAGGUAGGACUGGCCAUUAGAAGCAAGAUUGCUGAUGGCACUGUGAAGAGAGAAGACAUAUUUUGUACUUCAAAGCUUUGGUCCACUUUUCUUCGACCAGAACUUGUCCAAUCUUGUUUGGAAAGAUCACUGAAAAAACUUCAUCUUGAUUAUGUUGACCUCUACCUUAUUCAUUUCCCAGUAGCACUGAAGCCAGGGGAAGAGCUUUAUCCACUAGAUGAAAAUGGAAAAAUUAUAUGUGAUUCAGUGGAUCUCUGUGCCACAUGGGAGGUCAUGGAGAAGUGCAAGGACGCAGGAUUGGCCAAGUCCAUCGGGGUGUCCAACUUUAACCGCAGGCAGCUGGAGAUGAUCCUGAAUAAACCAGGCCUCAAGUAUAAGCCUGUCUGCAACCAGGUAGAAUGUCAUGUUUAUCACAACCAGAGGAAACUGCUGGACUUCUGCAAAUCCAAAGACAUUGUUCUGAUUGCUUAUAGUGCUCUGGGAACUCAACGAGAAAAACGAUGGGUUGACCAGAGCUCUCCAGUUCUCUUGGAUGAUCCCGUUCUUGGUGCCUUGGCAAAAAAGCACAAGCGAUCCCCAGCCCUGAUUGCCCUCCGCUACCAGCUGCAGCGUGGGGUUGUGGUUCUGGCCCAGAGUUUGAAGGAAAAUGAAAUAAAAGAGAACAUUCAGGUUUUUGAUUUUGCAUUGACCGAAGAAGACAUGAAAGUCCUAGAUGGCCUGAACAGAAAUUUUCGAUAUGUUACCUUUCAUCUUAUGGUGGACGAUCCGAAUUAUCCAUUUGCUGAUGAAUAUUAACAUGGACACUUUUGUCAUAACGUCGACUAGUAACCUCACUUUGAUUGUGAGGCAGGAGUUAGCUCAGAUGGUCCUGAUUGACACAUCACUUCUGUUGUUAAUCCAUAAUUCUUAGCAACUCAUAUUCUGCCAAAGCAAAGUUCACCAGUCCAAUAAAGAAAGCACUAAUUUUCCAGCAAUUUUUGAAAUAAAAAAAUAAAGUUGUUUACCUUAAGACUCUUA